AUGAACGAGACGUGUAUUAUUCCUACCUCCGCUGUACUCCGAAAUCUUAGUCACGUCCUGGUAUGCCUAACAGCGCCGGUGUAUGUCAUCACUUGUUAUAUCCUGGUUUUCAAGUGUCCCCAAUUUUUCAACAGAUGCAUUUUCAUGGAGUACUUCAUGGACGUCAUCUGGCAACUCACCGUCGUUGUCCCCUACUCCUCUCUCUGCUCUACAGGCGUCGGCCACCAAUACCCGGUCCUUAUGUUCUCUGUUGUGGCAGCAGGGCUCUGUGCCACAGGGAUCUCUAUUAUGCAUAUGUUUGAGUACCGUAUGAAUGCGGUCACCGAUGAUUCUAUCAAACUUUUGAAGAAUUUGAUCACCGGUGUAAAGUACUAUCACUAUUUCAUGAUGACGUCAUGCAUGUGUCUUCUCGUCGCGUCGUAUGGUCAUUUGAGUGAUCAGAAAUCGUUCAAGGCUAGUGUGGAGAGGAAAUUCGGCCACCCGCUGCCCUCAUAUAUCUGGUGUGACAAUUGCAUGUUCAUCAACACCGAUUCCGUCACAGUUUUGAUAUUUGUCGGGUUAGCCGCUUCCAGCCAACCCUUUGCAGCUGUCUAUUUUGCCCUAUCUGUAUACGCUUCUAAGCGGGGACUCCAGAAAUUAAAGAAUUCAUUGUCACAGAGGACUAUAGCAAUUCAGAAGAAUUUUCUGAAUAGUUUGUACCUCCAAACCGCGGUUCACGUCAUUUUUAUAUCGGUUCCACUUGGAAUAUUUUUCGUGUCAUUUGUCAUACAGAUACCAAACAGUGCUAUGUACAUGAGUUAUAUCCUGGUGGCUAUGUGUACCCAACACGGAUCGCUAUCAACAUUGGCAUUGCUAAUGUCUAACAAGCCGCUAUACUCAGUUUUCACUAAAACCUUCCUCCGAAUGAAAAUAAACAUCCGUGGCGGGGACCGAGUGUCCGGUGUGGGUGUGGGUAUGGAUGCUUCCAGUUGGUACCGAUCAGCGAUUCCGCCGAAUGCUAUGAAAUAA